AUGGCCAACAACAAUCAAAAUAUUACACUUGAAUCAUUAUGGGAAUCAUGUGAAAAGCCUUUCCAAGAUAUUUUCGUUCACCUCAAUAAGGGUUUGAACAAUCAAACUUAUAUGGCUAUUUACACCAUUGUAUAUAACUAUUGUUCAUCUCAAAACGAUGGUGUAUUGAAGGAUUUCUAUCCAAAGAUUGAAAAUCUUUUAGCAUCAAAAGCUGCUGAAAUCAUAAAGGGUGCUGAUGAUUUGACAGAUUAUGAUCUUUUGUUAUACUUUAGAAAUAAAUGGAAUGACUGGAAGUUCUCCGCAAAAGUAUUAAAGAAUUGGUUAGAACCAGUUAAUAGAAUCUAUGCAAGUGAUAACUCUAGUAGAAGUACACCAGUCAGUGGUACUGGAGGUCCAUCGCAAAGCAGUCCACCACAAUCAAAGAUUAUGCAAGAUGGUCUCAAUGCAUGGAAGAAAGCUGCCUUUGAUAAAUUAAACAACAAACUAUCAGCCUCUCUCUUGAAGAUCAUUCAAAACGACAGAGAAGACAGAGAUUCCUCAAAUCUCCAAGUAUUGGCUGACACUUUAGAGUGUUAUGUACAAUUGGGUCCAGAAAAGAAUAAACUUGAAGUAUACCAACAAUACUUUGAAGCAAGAUUCUUGUCAGAGACUGAAAAGUUCUACAAGGUAGAGUCGUUGGACUAUGUAGCAAAGAAUGGUAUUCCGGGAUACAUGAAGCACAUUUCAAAGAGAGUGGAAGAGGAACGUGCCAGAGUACAAAAGUUUAUGCACUCUGCUUCCACCUUGGACAAGUUGGAUCCAUUGUUGAAUCAAACUUUGAUUAUAGAUUACAAAGAGGAGUUUGCCAACAAGUUCUUGGACUUGUUGACCGAGAACAAGGAAGAAGAGUUGACUAUGAUGUACAACUUGUUGCUUCGUGUCGACCAUCUCGAGACACUGCGUGUCAAGCUCCAAGAGUUUAUCAAGAUCGAGGGUCUCAAGGAGAUCGAGAAGGAUCUCAAGGAGGCACAGGAGAAGCCACAGGUCUUGGUGAAGAUCUUGCUCGAGAUCUGGAACCGUUUCAACCGUCUCAUUAAAAACUGCUUCAACAAUGACUCUCGUUUCCACUCGGCCAUGGACCAGUCGUUCUCCAUUGUCAUCAACAACAAUCCAGCGUCCUACGACGAGCGUAAGAAGGAAUCAAACAUUCCAGUGGUCCUCUCAAAGUUCUGUGAUCAAAUCUUGAGAAAGGGUCCAUAUCACAUCAGUGACGAAGCAGAGUUGGAAGUCAAACUCUCAGAGGCCGUUUGUCUCUUUAGAUACCUCCCAGACAAGGAUAUUUUCAUGUUGAACUACCAAAAGAUGUUGUCAAAGAGACUCGUAGAGGAUCUCUCUGCAAGCGAAGAUGCCGAAGCUUCCAUGAUCAACAAGCUCAAGGCUCACCAAGGUUUCGACUACUGUACUAAAUUGACAAGAAUGAUUAACGAUAUGAGAUUGUGUAAAGAUAUCAACACCAACUUCCAAAAUUAUCUAAAUGAUCAAGGUUUAACUCUACCAUAUACAUUCAACUUUUAUGUAUUAACAAAUGGUUCAUGGUCAUUGUCUAAUAAGACAUCUACUACACCAUUCAAACCACCAACUGAAAUGCUUCCAUCUUUGACCUACUUUGAGAAAUUCUACAAAUCCAGUUACAAGGGUAGAGUUUUGACUUUCUUGUAUGAUUUCUCCAGAGCCGACGUUGAUUCCCGUCAAGUUAAAGGCAAGGUUUACAAAUUGACAACAACUGCCUAUCAAAUGGCCGUUUUGUUGAUGUUGAACUCGAGUGAUAAGAUCACCAGAUUCCAAAUUCUUGAUACCAUUGGUUUGGAUGAGAACACCAUUCGUUUGCCAUUGUUGUCACUCAUCAAGAUCGGUGUCAUCGAAUCUGACAAUGCAGACUACAAGAGCUGGACCAACGACACCACCUUCUCUGUCAAUCCAAAGUUCACCUCCAAGAAGAUGAAGGUCAACUGUAACAUUGCUGUGCAGAUCGGUGAGACCAAGACCUCUGAGGGUGCCCAAACCGUCUCACAAACCGAGAUUGAGAAGGAACGUUACUUCAAGCUUCAAGCUGCCAUUGUACGUAUUAUGAAAUCCAAGAAGGUACUCUCUCACAACGAUCUCGUCGUAGAAACCACCAGUCAGGUCAGCAAGUGGUUCACUCCAAAGAUCCCAACCAUCAAGAAGGCCAUCGAAUACCUCAUCGAUCAAGAAUAUAUUAAGAGAACAUCUGACGAUAACCAAAAUCAAAGAAAAUACGAAUAUAUAGCUUAA